GAAGAGACGAAGAAGAAACUUCAACUGCGGCGAUCAUAUCAAUGACGUCACACCCUUUACCACCACAACAAACAUGGAGGAGUAUGCUCGCGAACCAUGCCCGUGGAGGAUAGUGGAUGACUGUGGAGGUGCUUUCACUAUGGGUGCCAUUGGCGGGGGGGUGUUUCAGGCUGUCAAGGGCUUUCGAAAUGCCCCGGCGGGAGUUGCACACAGGCUGAAAGGUAGUGGAAAUGCAGUGAAGUUGAGAGCUCCACAGAUUGGCGGUAGCUUUGCGGUGUGGGGAGGCCUCUUCUCCACCAUUGACUGCGGUUUAGUUCGCUUGAGAGGAAAAGAGGAUCCAUGGAACUCCAUAACAAGCGGCGCUCUGACGGGGGCCAUCCUGGCUGCACGCAGUGGGCCAUUAACCAUGAUGGGCUCCGCCAUGAUGGGGGGAGUUCUGCUUGCUCUGAUUGAAGGUUUCGGAAUCCUGCUAACUAGAUACACAGCACAGCAGUUUCAGAACCCAAUUCCAUUUGCAGAGGAUCCCAGUCAGUUGCCUCCAAAGCAUGAAGAGCGCGACAUGGCACCAAAGGCUGACUUUCAGUAGAGCCGCAGAGGGAUGCUGUCGACACAUUUGUCACUCGGUUUCAUUCAGCCUGGCACCACGGGAACUUUGCAGCAGGUACAAAGAUGCUGGAGGGAUGCAGAGAGUUAACUCCUACUGGUGUGAAAGUCGACUUACCUCAGCUGACCCUGAAUUAUUACUUGGAAGGAUGUAAAUACCUUUUUGUGAAUAGGGACUGUAGAUAUUUUCACAAAUACUGUACAAUGGUGUCUUGAGAUACGUGUUUAAUUCGUUUUGUAACUCAACUCGUAUCGCAAAUCCUAAGUCGUCUUUCUAUAUGUGUGGAUACAGAGAGAGAGAGAGCGAGAGAGAGACAAUAUUGGGAAAAAGAGUGUGCAAAUCCACGAAUGCAGAACCGCGAGUAUGCGGGAGUUGACUGUAAUUUGUUAAACACCCACAUUUUUCUUGUCUAAUUGUCUUUGCACAAUAUAAAUGCACUCCAUACAAUACAAUCUUUAUUUAUACAGAGCAUUCACAACAGCUGCAGCUGUAACAAGGCGCUUGACAGAACAUUUAACAUAAAAUGACAAAGUCCACAUCACCUGUAAACCCGGAAAAAGCGAGCCCUAAACCUGCCCGAUGUCUUGUCCUUCUUUCCAUCGUCUGCGGCGCGUGUUGGCUUUUGGCAAAGUACCUUAAUGGCACAUUAGUGCCACCUACUGAUAUUGUCCUUCCACUGCAAGAAAACCCACGUGAACGUGGUGGCCGAAUGUGGUGAGGGUUUUUGGCGCCCCUUAGCAGUGGGGCUUUGAAGCACACUUUUGGCUUGAAAUUUGCUCAUAUCUCAGGACAAAGGAAUCGACCAAGCGAUGACAAAACUCACAAGUCAAAACACCUCGUUUCUCAAGGCACCACUGUAUGUGUAGUGUUGACAUUUUUACCUCAGCUGUAAAUGAAUUGUAGCAUGGGAAGAUGCACUUUUUUUGACAAUAGAGAGAGUUGGUGUUUACAGAAAUAUGCAGCAUUGACAUUUAUUAAAUAUAACGUAUGAGAACAUUGUAAAGAAAUUGGUACAGUAGCUGAAAGUCUUUUCAACAUGGUGGACAAUAUUUUUAUUGAAGAAUGCCAUUGUCACCUAAUGUCCUUCUAAAACUACACGGCUAUUUUGUCGUCCACCCCGUUGGCGCUGUCAGAUUACCAGAUAAAUAUUGUUCUGUGUUUUGGCCUGGACAAGAUGUCACACUACAAGUCUGACUAGACCGUGCCCAAUCAUCGCUUGCUUCCGUCAAUUCAGUCCAUGGGCGCAGGUCCGUCGGGGAGGCUAGACAAAGAGAUGUAGUCAUGUUGAUAAAGGCAUUAUGUGCAUGUGCUUUGUUUCUAUGUUCAGAAUAGGCUAAAAAAA